AUGCCUUUAUCCCCCGCAGUCCAACUCGACCAAACCUUCCACCACUCCACUGCUACGCACAGCUACCAAAUCCGCUGGACAUCUCUCGGCAAUCCAGCAGCGCAGCCUCUCAUCUUCGUGCACGGCACACCGUGGUCCUCACGAGUCUGGACUAAUUACGCUCAGUCCUUCUCAAAAUACUUCCACGUCUACCUCUUCGACAACCCCGGCUUUGGAGCGAGCCCUCUCGGCAAGCCCCUCCCCGGCAAAGAAGAUACUAUCAGCAAAGAACUUGCCCUCGAUGCAGAUCUCUCGCAACAGUCAGCUGUAUUUGCCGCUCUAUUGAACCACUGGGCACGAGAGUGGCAGCAAAAGCCGCAUGUCGUUGCGCACGAUCAUGGCGGUCUGAUGGCUCUACGAGCUCAUAUCAUUCAUGGCUGCGAGUAUGCUAGUCUAUGUUUGAUCAAUGUGGUUGCGAUCGGGCCAUUCGGUCAACCUCUCUUUAAACUAAUUGCCGAGAAUGAGAGCGUUUUUACCGCGUUGACUGGGCCGGUGUUUGAGGGAGUUGUUGAGGCGUAUAUUCGUGAUGCCUCAUAUCGAGGCCUGGAUAAAGAGACGAUGGAGGUUCUCAAGAGUCCGUGGAUCUCUACUGAGGAAGGGAGGAAGGGGUUUGUUAGGCAGAUGGUGCAGGCAAAUAGUCGUAGCACGGAGGAGGUGGAGCAUCGGUAUUCGGAGGUAGGGAGGAAGAUACCAAUACGGGUUAUCUGGGGCCAGGAGGAUGCAUGGAUUCCCGUGGAGACAGCGGCUAGACUGAAGACGAAGCUGAAUGCUCGGGAGGUGGUGCUGAUUGAAGGCGCGGGCCAUCUAGUGAUGUAUGAUCAGGAGGGCAAGUUGGGAGUGGAGCUGGGCUGGUGGCUGAACAGCAUUUGCCACCUGUAA